AUGAUUGCUAACGGAUAUGGACACCCUAAUCGUGUUUUUUAUGCAUCGGACACAUUUGAAGUUUCUAUCGGAGACAAUAAUAGAUGGAGUAAAUGGGUAGGCAUAGAUACCCUUAGAGUUUGGCAAAGAAGACCUGACAAUAAAAUAGACAGUUCUCUUGUUGGGACUGAUGUUCUAGACCAAUUUUUCUUCGUACAUUUGCCAAACCAAGGGUAUAAAUUUUUAGACGAAGCAGAUGAGGCUGGAUUAACCAAUUUC